CUGUGAUCCCUCAAGUUAACACACCACACCGGCCUUGAGAGAACCUGGCCGCGGCGCGCGCGGAGUUUCUGAUCUUUAGUUAGUUUAUUGUAAAUAAAAAAAAAUCCAGCCGCGAUGUUCCGGGGUAAAACGGUGUGGAAUAAACUGGCCCCGGUGGCGCGAGCUGCCUCAGCGCUGUGUCGGCAAACCGGGAAAAGAGCGCUGCUGAGAAACGACAAAAGCCCAGCGUUCGCACCGCAGACCCACAUGUCCUCCGGCCCACUGGGAGGAGGCGGAGACAAUGCCAUAUACUACGUGCUGGUGGGAGCGGCCUGUCUGGGAGGCGGAGUCUAUGCUUACCGCACCGUGACGGGAGACAGCGUGAGAUACACGGAGCGAAUCUCUGAACUCGAGGGAAGGUCGAAGAAAACAGCAGAACAUCCCGCCGUUCCCGUAAAGACGGAACCAAAGGUCACAGCAGAAGCAGUGGCAGAACCAACAAAAGAAUCUACGGCUGAGGAGGUCUCUGAACCUGUACACAAGUCUUCAGUUGAAGAACCAAAGGCAACUGAUGCUGACCUGGGAUCCCUUCUGGCUGAUCCAGUUGAAACGGAACCUGAUUCUGAAACUGUUCCAGAAGUUCCGUCUCCAGAACCUUCUGUAACAGAAACUGUCCCAGAAGCCCUUGUUUCUGAAUCAUCCAUAACAGAACAAACUGGGGAAGAAGUGACUCCUGAAGCUCAUGUCACUGAAGAGAAAUCUGCUGAAGAACCUCUGGCUCCUGUUGCUGAGAGCGAGCCUGUGCCUGAAGUGGUGGCAGAAAGCGCACCUGAGACUCCACCAGUAACCCACAGUGAGCCUGAACCCGCUCCUGCUAUUGCUGCCACUGUAGAAACCACACCUGCCCUCUCUGAAGUCCCUGCACACGCCCCUUACCUCCUGAUUGGUGGAGGAACUGCAUCGUUUGCAGCCGCGAGAUCUAUUCGAGCUCGUGACCCUGGUGCUCGGGUUUUGAUCGUGACUGAAGAAGCCGACCUGCCGUACAUGAGGCCUCCUCUGUCCAAAGAGCUGUGGUUCUCUGAUGACCCCGCUGUCACGGAAACGCUGCGCUUCAAACAGUGGAAUGGCAAAGAGAGGAGCAUUUAUUUCCAGCCACCUUCUUUCUAUGUCAACCCCAGUGAGCUGGAAUCAGUGGAAAAUGGAGGCGUGGCCGUGCUGGCAGGCAAGAAGGUGGUGCACAUGGACGUCAGGGAGAAUAAAGUUAGGCUGAGUGACGGUGUGGAGAUCUCCUAUGACAAGUGUCUGAUUGCCACAGGUGGAAUUCCCCGGAACCUGCAGGUAAUUGAGCGAGCCAGCGAGGAGGUGAAGAACAGAACCACACUUUUUAGGAAGAUUGAGGACUUCAAAGCACUGGAGAAAGUUUCCCGAGAGCUGAAGUCCAUCACCAUCAUCGGGGGCGGUUUCCUGGGCAGCGAGCUGGCCUGCGCCUUGGGCAGGAGAUCUCAUGAUCUGGGCCUGGAGGUGAUCCAGAUGUACCCAGAGAAAGGGAACAUGGCUAAAGUUCUACCUGAGUACCUGAGCAACUGGACCACAGAAAAAGUAAAAACAGAGGGCGUCCAGGUGCUGGCGGACGCUGUGGUUAAGAACGUGUCCUAUAACGACGGAAAAGUGGAGAUAAAACUGAAGGACGGGCGACUGGUGAAGACGGAUCACAUCGUGGCUGCAGUGGGUCUCGAGCCCAGUGUUGAGCUGGCGAAAUCAGCCGGCCUGGAGAUCGACUCGGACUUUGGAGGGUUUCGGGUGAACGCCGAGCUGCAGGCGCGCUCCAACAUCUGGGUGGCAGGUGAUGCUGCAUGUUUCUAUGACAUAAAACUGGGUCGGAGGCGGGUAGAGCAUCAUGAUCACGCAGUGGUGAGCGGCAGACUCGCUGGAGAAAACAUGACUGGAGCCAGAAAGCCCUACUGGCACCAGUCCAUGUUCUGGAGUGACUUGGGUCCUGAUGUAGGAUACGAAGCCAUCGGUAUUGUAGACAGCAGUCUCCCAACUGUAGGAGUGUUUGCAAAAGCUACUGCCAAGGACACACCCAAAGCAGCUACUGAGCAAUCAGGUACAGGAAUCAGGUCAGAGAGUGAGACGGAGGCAGUUGCCGGAACACUUACCCCAGCUGCAACAGCUCCUGUCCCACCCACAGCGCAGGAGAAUUAUGGGAAAGGAGUAAUCUUCUACCUGAGGGAUAAAGUGGUGGUCGGUAUCGUGCUGUGGAACGUAUUUAACAGGAUGCCCAUCGCCAGAAAGAUCAUUAAGGAUGGAGAGGAACACGCUGAUCUAAAUGAAGUGGCCAAGCUGUUCAAUAUUCAUGAAGACUAAACAUGCACAUCCUGUACUUGUGGAACCGGGGGAAAAAAAAUACACACACCCACACCCACCCAUACUGCUUGGACAUGAACUCUCAGACCUGUGGCUCUGCCUCCAGCCCUGUUGGUGGCGCUGUGGCUCAGUUAUGGACUCGGGUACUGUUCAGCCUGUGCUGAAGGAAAACCCUGUUGUUUAUACGGGAACAUUGUACACGUUUUCUAGUGAGGUCAGUAAAUGUAGAAUUGCGUAAAACUUGAGCCGUCCUCUCUCUCUCUCCCUCUCCCUCUCCCUCUCCCUCUCUCUCUCUCUCUCUCUCUCUCUCUCUCUCUCUCUCUCUCUCUCUCUCUCUCUCUCUCGGACUUUUUGGUGUGGAAACCCCAGUCAGGAUCAGUGUUCCAGUACUGCUUUAACACGCCUUUACGCUCCUCUCAGAUGUGUUUUUUUUUUCUUUUAAAUCCAGGAACAUUCAUGAGAACAUUCGAAAGUAUGAUGUGAUGUACAGGUUCUAGCAUUGUGUGUGUGUGUGUGUGUGUUUGUGUUCAUGCUAGCUAUGCAGCAGGCAUGUUUCAAUUCUAAACAGCUUCAUCCACCAUGUUCAGGAUUUGCCUCAUGGGUAAAUUGUUGAUCCGUCUGUGGGGUAAACCAACAACCCUGAGGUGAAAGAGUGGAUUAAAGAAAUGCCUCUUAAGGGGACGUGAUGGAGUGUGUGUGAAACAGUACUGGGACUCGGGGUGAAGUGUCUCCUGAACGUUUGAUUGGAUAAAAACUUGAGCAUGAUUCAGAUUGGUGGUUUUCUUUUUAAUCCGUGGGAGCAAGCUGCACAAACUCCUCCCUCUCUCUCUCUCAUAUCUCCUGAACCAUGUGACACGAUUUGUUCUUCUGAUACUUGAUUAAAACUUUGUUUUUGAA